AUGGUGAAGAGUUCUCUCGCUCGCCCUCUUCUUCCUCUCGCGAAUCUCCUUUCCCAGAAGGAUAUUCUCUCUGUAUCAUUGAAACCCAAGUGGAAACUUCACCAUUUGCGCCAACUCAAUGAUUAUGCUCAGCAGUCCUUGGCAGAUGGUUAUUAUGACGCAUCUGGCGAGUCGUCAAAGAUCUACAAACUCCAUAAUCUGAACGGUCGAAACGUGCUCGUUGGAGUGGGUGAUUCUGGGAUCGAUUGGAAAAGCACUUAUUUCUACGACCCCGAUCAUUCAGUGAAGAGAGCCGAGAGUGGGUCUUCCGAUCAUCGAAAGAUCUCUCUGUAUGUUCCUCUCUUUGGAAAAGAUGAGACUUCGACGGAUGGCCACGGCACGCACGUGUGUGGAACGAUCGCCGGAAAGGCGUAUGACAGCAGCAACAGCUCAGAUGCUCUGUACAAUGGAAUCGCCGAGGAAGCGAAGUUGCUGUUUGUCGAUUUGGAAGAUAACGACGGAUAUUUAUAUCUUCCCAAGAAUAUAUAUGAUGACUACUACAUGAAAUACUUAUACAACAAUGAUGUUCGAAUAAGUUCGAAUUCUUGGGGAUCUAGAGAUGAGUUUUUUUAUGACUCAUUCUGUGUUCAGACGGAUGAGUUCGUUUGGGAUCAUGACGAUAUGCUCAUUCUAUUCGCAGCUGGCAAUGAAGGAGAAGGAGGGUUAUUUGGAUCGGUGACAUCACCCGCCCUUUCUAAGAACGUGAUUACUGUCGGAGCGACGCAUUCCGAGCGAAAUCAUGACGGAAAGAACUACAUCACGUAUUUCUCUUCGCGCGGAAGGCCAACACGACAUACUAUCAAGCCCGAUAUUGUGGCUCCAGGCGAGCAAUUCUCAGCCAAGUCUCUGAGUAAAGAGGAUUGCGGAUUGAACUGCGAUAACCAUGGCGGUGUGGUGGAGAUGCCUGGAACUUCGAUGGCCACACCCGCUGUGGCUGGAAUCGUGGCUUUGAUCACGCAAUAUCUGAAGGAGAAGAGUUAUCAUAAUCGUGAGAAUGGGGUUUUUAAAUGA